AUGCUUUCGGAUGCUGGGAAAGGAGAAGCUUGUGGAGGAGUGAAAUGGAUACUGACGAGACGUGCUAUUUGCUGCAAUAGUACAUUGGUGAGUGAUACCAAGGCCGGUACCUUGAUCGGUGUUGACCGUUACGGCAACAAGUACUUCGAGAACAUGGAGGAGGAGCUUCCUCUCCGUACCCGCUGGGUCGACUACAAGGAAAAGGAAUACGACCCCUCGCAGCUUGAGCCUGGCUGGCACGCUUGGAUCUCCUACAUGGUGGAUGCUCCCCCCACUGCCGACAAGAUCAUGCAGACCGGUGUCCGCAGCUGGGAGCUGCCUGAGCACAGGCCCAACCUGACCCUCAGCCGUGCUGCUUUCAAGACCUACUCUACUACCCGCCCCAAGUACUCCGCCUGGACUCCCGUUGCGGCGCCCCGGUAG